CACACAUUGCUGAGGAGCUUCGCUACGCCCAGUUCCGCUUCUUCGGCUCGCUGGAGCACGUGCCCAAAAGAUGUCUUGACCCGACUGAUGAUCUGCGAUGAGGCUACAUGACGCCCCCGGGUAGCCUGUUAGCGAGUAACCCUCCCGCCCCUGAAUCGAGCAAAAGUCCGACUUCGAUCAGUCGUUUUUGGCGUCCAGCAGCUGUCCCAAUUAUUCCUUCCUCGUUUCUGGCGGGUCUCUCCGUCAUGACGUUGGCAAGCGCAUGCUCACUCGUCUCGUACGGACCCAGGCUCGAGGUUCGAAUACAGCCGUUUCCUUCCCGGUGCCUCUCCCAGCCUUCGCUCAUAUCAACCCUGAGUCAUUGGGAAACACGGGUCUUCGGGAACGGAAAUCACUCCUCGUCAUUCUUAUUGCGCGGACGACAGUAGGUCAAGGCAUGUUGACGUGCUGAAGGACUAGAAGGCAUGCGAUCGAGGACUAGGUUUUUCCAUUUCUCCACCGUAUUCCGCUCUUCUGCUCCUCAGAACCUUGAUGUACCGCAAUACCAGGGAACCCCUUUUCAGGUUCCGAGUCUCUCUGCUCGUUGGCCAAGUUUCGGUAGGAGUGGCUGGCGGCGUGAAGCUCGACUGAUUGCGGCAUUGGGCAUGCUAGCUUUUGUCACAAGUUUAUUAGGUGGAGAAAGCCAAUUCGCCUGCCCUACCUCACCCAUCUCAUCUCUUUUCGCUCGACAUAACAAAACGAACUGGGGAAAGGCAUGGGUGCUCUGGCCCGUCUGGGAUCAUGGGUACCCAUCCCAUUUAGUGAUGGACGGACUGACGACCUUCUUC